AUGGCUCCACCUCCUCAGAGCUCCUCCAGACACCUGGGGCCCUCCCCAGACUUCCAGUAUAAAAGGGAGCAGAACCCAGGGUCUCAACCAGAGGUGCAGGAAACGGGCGGAACAAGAGUUAACAUCAUCCCAGGAAUGAUGAAGUCCAUUAUAUCUGGCGUGAACCCUGCUCACAACGGCCGCGUGUGCAGCACAUGGGGUAACUACCACUUCAAGAUGUUUGAUGGAGACGUGUUUAAUCUCCCCUCCACCUGCAACUACGUCCUCACCUCGCAGUGCAAGAGCAACUACGAGGACUUCAACAUCCAGAUGAGACGAGCGGUCGUCAACGACCUGCCCACCAUCAGCACCAUAACCAUGAAGCUGGAAGGGACAGUUCUGGAAAUAACCAAGAACGCCAUCUCGGUCAACGAGAAGCAGGUUACCCUGCCUUUCAGCCAGUCUGGUGUCCUGAUUGAAAAGAUCAAUUCUUUCAUCAAAGUCACGGCUAAACUCGGGCUGGUUGCCAUAUGGAACGAGGAUGAUUCUCUUGUGCUGGAACUUGAUGCCAAAUACAUGAACCAGACGUGUGGCCUCUGUGGGGACUUCAAUGGAGUUCAGGUCUAUGAUGAGAUCAUUCAAAAUGGUGUGAAAAUAUCUCCUCUGGAUUUUGCAAACUUCUGGAAGAUGGAUAGCCCAACAGAAACAUGCAUUGAACUCAGUCCUCCAUCUGAGGACGAGUGCGCCGAUCUGAAACCAUUGUGUGAGCAGAUUCUGUCCAGCCCUGCCUUCGCCACCUGCAAGGACCUGGUACCUAUAGAUGCGUUUGUCGAUGCCUGUGUUAAAGACAUGUGCCAGUGUAACAACACCGCUGACCAUUUCUGCCUGUGCAGUACCAUCUCUGAAUACUCGCGGCAGUGUGUGCAUGCUGGUGGCAAACCCCAGAACUGGAGAACAGAUCAAUUUUGCAGUAAGAAAUGCCCAAUGAACAUGGAGUUCCAGGAGUGUGGGAUUCCCUGCACUGACACCUGCUCCAACCCUGACCGAGGUCACCUCUGUGAGGACCACUGCACUGAUGGCUGCUUCUGCCCAGCAGGAACUGUUUUUGAUGACAUUAACCAGAGUGGCUGCAUCCCGCUACAAAAGUGCUCGUGCAGCUACAAUGGAAAAACAUACAGUCCUGGAGAGUCUUACUCCAGCAACUGCCGUCACUGCACCUGCAAUGAAGGACAGUGGACCUGCAAUGACCUGGACUGCCCUGGAUACUGUUCUGUUAAGGGAGGGUCCCACAUCACCUCAUACGAUGGCCAAGACUUCACCUUCCACGGAGACUGUUCCUAUGUCCUCUCAAAGACUUGCCAAAGCAAUGCAUUUACAGUGCUCGGUGACAUUGUCAAGUGCGGGCUGACAGACACAGAGACAUGCCUAAAGUCUAUCACCCUUGCUAUUGCAGGAGGACAAAGCGUCUUCAGCAUCAAUCCAAGUGGAAAUGUUUACAUGAACGGCAUGUUCGCUCAGCUGCCAUUGUAUACAGCCAAUGUAACCAUCUUCAGACCAUCCUCGUUCUACAUCUUUGUUCAAACCUCCUUUGACCUGGUGCUGGAGAUCCAGCUCACUCCCAUUAUGCAGGUCUACAUCAUUGCAGGUUUCCCUUACAAGGGUCAGACAUGUGGGCUCUGCGGUAAUUUUAACGACGUUCAGGCUGAUGAUUUCAAAGUCAGCAGCGGAGUGGUGGAGGGAACGGCCUCUGCCUUUGCCAACAGCUGGAAGACCCAAGCGAGCUGCCCAGAUGUCAAGGACACCUACGAUAACCCUUGCAGUCUGAGUGUUGAGAAUGAGAAAUACGCCCAGCACUGGUGCUCCAUGCUGCUAGACCCUCAGGGUUCUUUUGCUGCCUGCCAUCCCGUGAUCAACCCUGCCACCUACAAAACAAGCUGCAUGUACGACAGCUGUAACUGUGAGAAGAGCGAGGAGUGCAUGUGUGCAGCCAUCUCCUCGUACGUCCGUGCCUGCGCUGCUAAGGGGGUCCAGCUGGUCGGCUGGAGAAGCAGCAUCUGCACCAAGUACACCUCCUGCCCUAAGACGCUGACCUACAGCUACAGCAUGACCGGCUGUGAUCGCACCUGCCGCUCCCUCAGUGAGCCGGACUACACCUGCAAGGUGAAGUUUGUACCUGUGGACGGGUGUGGGUGUGCAGAGGGGACCUACAUGGACGAGGAAGGCAAAUGCGUCCCACCUGCUAGCUGCCCGUGUUACAACAAGGGGUCAGUUGUGCCAGCUGGAGAGGUCAUCACCAGGGACGGAGCCAUGUGCACUUGCAAGCAAGGGAAACUGAACUGCAUUGGAGAAUCUGCACAACCAAGCUGCGUAGCACCAAUGGUCUACUUUGAUUGUAGCAAUGCUACAAAAGAUACACGUGGAUCUGAAUGUCAGAAGAGCUGUCAGACCCUGGAUAUGGAGUGUUACAGCAUAGAGUGUGCCUCCGGCUGCGUGUGCCCACAGGGUCUGCUUUCAGAUGGGAGGGGAGGCUGUGUCUCUGAGAACCAGUGUCCUUGCAUCCACAACGGAGCCUCCUACAAACCUGGAGAGACAAUCAAAGCGGACUGCAACACCUGUACUUGCAAGGAUAGAAAAUGGCAGUGUACAAAUAAACAGUGCCAGGGUACCUGUGCCAUCUACGGAGACGGGCAUUACAUCACUUUCGAUGGGAAGAGGUUCAGCUUCAAUGGAGACUGUGAAUACACCCUCACUCAGGACUACUGCAGUGGCAAUUCAGCCAAUGGCACCUUCAGAGUGAUCACUGAGAACAUUCCCUGUGGCACCACAGGGACCACCUGCUCCAAGGCCAUCAAGCUGUUCCUCGGGAACAAUGAGCUGAUACUGUCUGAAGGACACUACCAGGUGGUCCAGAGAGACUCGGGGGAAGAGUUACCCUACAAGAUCAGCACCAUGGGAAUUUACAUGGUCAUCGAAGCCAAGAACGGAUUAAUCCUCAUGUGGGACAAGAAGACCAGCAUGUUCAUCAAACUCAACCCCAAUUUCCAGGGUCACGUCUGCGGCCUGUGCGGUAACUACGAUGGGAAUGGACAGAACGACUUCACUACCAGGAGCCAGGCGGUGGUUGUAAACGCCCAGGAGUUUGGAAACAGCUGGAAGGUCUCUCCCAGCUGCCCCGACGCGAAGGUCACAAGAGACCCCUGUGUCUCCAACCCCUACCGGCAGUCAUGGGCUCAGAAGCAGUGCAGCAUCAUCAAGAGCAAAGUGUUCAUGGCCUGCCACUCUCAGGUGAACCCCACUCCGUACUACGAUGCCUGCGUGAGAGACUCCUGUGCAUGUGACUCUGGGGGAGACUGCGAGUGUUUCUGCACAGCUGUGGCCUCCUAUGCUGAGGCCUGUAAUGAGGCUGGCGUGUGCGUUGCGUGGAGAAGCCCUGAGAUUUGCCCGCUGUUCUGUGAUUACUACAACCCCGCUGGCGAGUGUGAGUGGCACUACAAGCCCUGUGGAGCUCCCUGUAUGAAGACCUGCCGGAACCCCAGUGGGACGUGCUCCAGCCAGAUCCCAGGAUUGGAAGGUUGCUAUCCAAAAUGCCCACCGAACCAGCCCUAUUUUGAUGAGGAUUCGAUGAAGUGUGUAAAACAGGAAGACUGCGGUUGCUAUGACGAUGAAGAAAAUCACUAUAAAAACGGAGAGGAGGUUCCCUCUACAGAGAACUGUCAAUCAUGCUCCUGUAAAUCUGUGGAAGUGCAUUGCAGCUAUGAUGUUCACAAAUGUUACUGUACCUACCACGGGAAUAUGUAUCCAAAUGGUGCAACAAUCUACAACACCACUGAUGGCUUAGGAAGCUGUAUAACUGCUACCUGCGGAGAAAAUGGCACCAUUCACAGAAACAUCUACAACUGCGAGACAACAAAAACACCGCACACCACAUCGCCACCAGUACAAUCAACUACUACCAUAGGAACUACAAAGCAUACCCCAACAGUGUUCAACUUCACCACCCCAUAUCCAACCACGCCAAUUGGCAAAACUACAACAGCUCCGCCCUCGUCACCUACAGCAACUUCACAAUCAACAACAAGUGGUACUACUAGCUGCCUAGAGGAAAUCUGCCAGUGGUCAGAGUGGUAUGAUGUAAGCUUCCCAACUGACAGUAACGAAGGGGACCAUGAAACUUAUGAUAAGAUCAAGGAGAAAGGUCAUUCUGUGUGCGCACAUCCACUGCAAGUGCAAUGCAGAGCCCAGAAAUACCCAAAUACACCUCUAGCGGACUUAGGACAAGUAGUGCAAUGUAACAGUUCGUUUGGGCUCAAGUGCAACAACAAAGAUAAUCCAACCACAUGCUUAAACUAUGAGAUCAGUGCAUACUGCUGCAACCUUGUGAGCUGUGGUGCGACGACAAGUGCACCACCUGUGACCAGCAGCAAGUCAACCACUCACCCAGUCACCCCACCUACAUCCCCUGAAACCACACCGCUGACCACUCGCCCAGUCACCGCAUCUACAUCCCCUGAAACCACACCGCUGACCACUCGCCCAGUCACCCCAUCUACAUCCCCUGAAACCACACCGACCACUCGCCCAGUCACCCCAUCUACAACCCCUGAAACCACACCGCUGACCACUCUCCCAGUCACCGCAUCUACAUCCCCUGAAACCACACCGCUGACCACUCGCCCAGUCACCCCAUCUACAUCACCUGAAACCACACCGCUGACCACUCGCCCAGUCACCCCAUCUACAUCCCCUGAAACCACAACGACCACUCGCCCAGUCAUCCCAUCUACAUCCCAUGAAACCACAUGGACCACUCGCCCAGUCACCCCAUCUACAUCUCAUGAAACCACACGGACCACUCGCCCAGUCACCCCAUCUACAUCCCCUGAAACUACACCGUCCACUCGCCCAGUCAUCCCAUCUACAUCCCCUGAAACCACACCGACCACUCGCCCAGUCACCCCAUCUACAACCCCUGAAACCACACCGCUGACCACUCACCCAGUCACCCCAUCUACAUCCCCUGAAACCACAACGACCACUCGCCCAGUCAUCCCAUCUACAUCCCAUGAAACCACACGGACCACUCGCCCAGUCACCCCAUCUACAUCCCAUGAAACCACACGGACCACUCGCCCAGUCACCCCAUCUACAUCCCCUGAAACUACACCGACCACUCGCCCAGUCAUCCCAUCUACAUCCCCUGAAAGACCUCCGACCAUUUCAACCGAAGUCCCUUACACCACAAGCCCUGCAACCACCUGCAGGCGUCCCUGUAAAUGGUCCCAGUGGUUUGAUACCAAUUUCCCAACUCUGGGUAUGGGAGGUGGAGACUCAGAAACCUAUGACAAGAUCGUAGCAGCUGGGGGAAAGAUAUGCGAAAAGUCAUUCGAAAUGCCAAGCAGAAUUGAGUGCAGGGCAGAGAAGUAUCUCGAAAAAUUAAUUGAGGACGUUGGUCAAGCUGUGACAUGUGAUAUCGCUACAGGACUAACAUGUAGAAAUGAAGAUCAAAAGGGUAUCUUUCCACUGUGCUACAACUAUCAGAUAAGGUUUCUCUGUUGUGAUGCUUAUCAUUGUGAAACGACAACAGAGCCACAGACCAGUACAUCUGAACCUACAACAAAAGUAUCUUCAACCUUUACAACCCCAACGCCUCCCAUAACACCAACUACCCCGACACCUGGCUCUACAACAACUCCAGGAGGAGCAACCACAUCCGAAAGCACCACUGAAUCAACAACAUCUGCAACUCCAGUGACAAGUACAACAGUUUCUACAACAAGUAGCACUGGAAAGUCAACCCCAACAACAUCAACUCUACCACCCAAGUCUUCAACAUCUUCCUCAGUGCCCAAACCUCAUACCACAACAGAAACUUCAUCAACCACAGCAGUGACGCCAAGCAGCACUGAGAAGACAACCUCGUCUACCACUGAAAGCACCCCUCCAGCAACAGAAACUGCAAUCACUGCAUCAACUCUACCACCUGCUACCCCGACACCUGGCUCUACAACAACUCUAGUAGAAACAACCACUUCCACUUCUGAAAGCACCACUGAAUCAACAACAUCUGCAACUCCAGUGACAAGUACAACAGCUUCUGCAACAAGUAGCACUGCUACAACCGAAAGCAGCACCUACAAAUCAACAACUACAGGAAAGUCAACCCCAACAACAUCAACUCCACCACCCAAGACUUCAACAUCUUCCCCAGUGCCCAAACCUCGUACCACCACAGAAACUUCAUCAACCACAGGUGUGACGUCAAGCAGCACUGAGAAGACAACCUCGUCUACCACUGAAAGCACCCCUCCAACAACAGAAACUGCAAUCACUGCAUCAACUCUACCACCCGUUACCCCGACACCUGGCUCAACAACAACUCCAGAAGAAACAACCACUUCCACUUCUGAAAGCACCACUGAAUCAACAACAUCUGCAACUCCAGUGACAAGUACAACAGCUUCUACAACAAGUAGCACUGCUACAACCGAAAGCAGCACCUACAAAUCAACAACUACAGGAAAGUCAACCCCAACAAAAUCAACUCCACCACCCAAGACUUCAACAUCUUCCCCAGUGCCCAAACCUCGUACCACCACAGAAACUUCAUCAACCACAGGUGUGACGUCAAGCAGCACUGAGAAGACAACCUCGUCUACCACUGAAAGCACCCCUCCAACAACAGAAACUGCAAUCACUGCAUCAACUCUACCACCCGUUACCCCGACACCUGGCUCAACAACAACUCCAGAAGAAACAACCACUUCCACUUCCGAAAGCACCACGGAAUCAACAACAUCUGCAACUCCAGUGACAAGUACAACAGCUUCUACAACAAGUAGCACUGCUACAACCGAAAGCAGCACCUACAAAUCAACAACUACAGGAAAGUCAACCCCAACAAAGUCAACUCCACCACCCAAGACUUCAACAUCUUCCCCAGUGCCCAAACCUCGUACCACCACAGAAACUUCAUCAACCACAGGUGUGACGCCAAGCAGCACUGAAAAGACAACCUCGUCCACCACUGAAAGCACCCCUCCAACAACAGAAACUGCAAUCACUGCAUCAACUCUACCACCCGCUACACCAACACCUGGCUCUACAACAACUCUAGUAGAAACAACCACUUCCACUUCUGAAAGCACCACUGAAUCAACAACAUCUGCAACUCCAGUGACAAGUACAACAGCUUCUACCACAAGUAGCACUGCUACAACCGAAAGCAGCACCUACAAAUCAACAACUACAGGAAAGUCAACCCCAACAAAAUCAACUCCACCACCCAAGACUUCAACAUCUUCCCCAGUGCCCAAACCUCGUACCACCACAGAAACUUCAUCAACCACAGGUGUGACGUCAAGCAGCACUGAGAAGACAACCUCGUCUACCACUGAAAGCACCCCUCCAACAACAGAAACUGCAAUCACUGCAUCAACUCUACCACCCGUUACCCCAACACCUGGCUCAACAACAACUCUAGUAGAAACAACCACUUCCACUUCUGAAAGCACCACUGAAUCAACAACAUCUGCAACUCCAGUGACAAGUACAACAGCUUCUACAACAAGUAGCACUGCUACAACCGAAAGCAGCACCUACAAAUCAACAACUACAGGAAAGCCAACCGAAACAACAUCAACUCUACCACCCGCUACACCAACACCUGGCUCUACAACAACUCUAGUAGAAACAACCACUUCCACUUCUGAAAGCACCACUGAAUCAACAACAUCUGCAACUCCAGUGACAAGUACAACAGCUUCUACAACAAGUAGCACUGCUACAACCGAAAGCAGCACCUACAAAUCAACAACUACAGGAAAGUCAACCCCAACAAAAUCAACUCCACCACCCAAGACUUCAACAUCUUCCCCAGUGCCCAAACCUCGUACCACCACAGAAACUUCAUCAACCACAGGUGUGACGUCAAGCAGCACUGAGAAGACAACCUCGUCUACCACUGAAAGCACCCCUCCAACAACAGAAACUGCAAUCACUGCAUCAACUCUACCACCCGUUACCCCAACACCUGGCUCAACAACAACUCUAGUAGAAACAACCACUUCCACUUCUGAAAGCACCACUGAAUCAACAACAUCUGCAACUCCAGUGACAAGUACAACAGCUUCUACAACAAGUAGCACUGCUACAACCGAAAGCAGCACCUACAAAUCAACAACUACAGGAAAGCCAACCGAAACAACAUCAACUCUACCACCCGCUACCCCGACAUCUGGCUCUACACCAACUCCAGGAGAAACAACCACUUCCACUUCUGAAAGCACCACUGAAUCAACAACAUCUGCAACUCCAGUGACAAGUACAACAGCUUCUACCACAAGUAGCACUGCUACAACCGAAAGCAGCACCUACAAAUCAACAACUACAGGAAAGUCAACCCCAACAAAAUCAACUCCACCACCCAAGACUUCAACAUCUUCCCCAGUGCCCAAACCUCGUACCACUACAGAAACUUCAUCAACCACAGGUGUGACGUCAAGCAGCACUGAAAAGACAACCUCGUCCACCACUGAAAGCACCCCUCCAACAACAGAAACUGCAAUCACUGCAUCAACUCUACCACCCGUUACCCCGACACCUGGCUCUACACCAACUCCAGAAGAAACAACCACUUCCACUUCCGAAAGCACCACUGAAUCAACAACAUCUGCAACUCCAGUGACAAGUACAACAGCUUCUACCACAAGUAGCACUGCUACAACCGAAAGCAGCACCUACAAAUCAACAACUACAGGAAAGUCAACCCCAACAAAAUCAACUCCACCACCCAAGACUUCAACAUCUUCCCCAGUGCCCAAACCUCGUACCACCACAGAAACUUCAUCAACCACAGGUGUGACGUCAAGCAGCACUGAGAAGACAACCUCGUCUACCACUGAAAGCACCCCUCCAACAACAGAAACUGCAAUCACUGCAUCAACUCUACCACCCGUUACCCCAACACCUGGCUCAACAACAACUCCAGAAGAAACAACCACUUCCACUUCUGAAAGCACCACUGAAUCAACAACAUCUGCAACUCCAGUGACAAGUACAACAGCUUCUACAACAAGUAGCACUGCUACAACCGAAAGCAGCACCUACAAAUCAACAACUACAGGAAAGUCAACCCCAACAAAAUCAACUCCACCACCCAAGACUUCAACAUCUUCCCCAGUGCCCAAACCUCGUACCACCACAGAAACUUCAUCAACCACAGGUGUGACGUCAAGCAGCACUGAGAAGACAACCUCGUCUACCACUGAAAGCACCCCUCCAACAACAGAAACUGCAAUCACUGCAUCAACUCUACCACCCGUUACCCCGACACCUGGCUCAACAACAACUCCAGAAGAAACAACCACUUCCACUUCUGAAAGCACCACUGAAUCAACAACAUCUGCAACUCCAGUGACAAGUACAACAGCUUCUACCACAAGUAGCACUGCUACAACCGAAAGCAGCACCUACAAAUCAACAACUACAGGAAAGUCAACCCCAACAAAAUCAACUCCACCACCCAAGACUUCAACAUCUUCCCCAGUGCCCAAACCUCGUACCACUACAGAAACUUCAUCAACCACAGGUGUGACGUCAAGCAGCACUGAAAAGACAACCUCGUCCACCACUGAAAGCACCCCUCCAACAACAGAAACUGCAAUCACUGCAUCAACUCUACCACCCGUUACCCCGACACCUGGCUCUACAACAACUCCAGAAGAAACAACCACUUCCACUUCCGAAAGCACCACUGAAUCAACAACAUCUGCAACUCCAGUGACAAGUACAACAGCUUCUACAACAAGUAGCACUGCUACAACUAAACCCAUUAUAAUCACCUUUACCACAUCAACACCAGUAACUGGACCUAUCGUAAUCCCCACUGAAUCAACAACAUCUGCAACUCCAAUGACAAGUACAACAGCUUCUACAACAAGUAGCACUGCUACAACCGAAAGCAGCACCUACAAAUCAACAACUACAGGAAAGCCAACCCCAACAAAAUCAACUCCACCACCCAAGACAUCAACAUCUUCCCCAGUGCCCAAACCUCGUACCACCACAGAAACUUCAUCAACCACAGCAGUGACGCCAAGCAGCACUGAAAAGACAACCUCGUCCACCACUGAAAGCACCCCUCCAACAACAGAAACUGCAAUCACUGCAUCAACUCUACCACCCGCUACACCAACACCUGGCUCUUCGACAACUCCAGAAGAAACAACCACUUCCACUUCUGAAAGCACCACUGAAUCAACAACAUCUGCAACUCCAGUGACAAGUACAACAGCUUCUACAACAAGUAGCACUGCUACAACAACUACAGGAAAGCCAGCAUCAACAAAACCAACCACACCACCUAAGACCCCAACAGGACCAUCUUCUACGACCCUAGAAACAAUGCCUGGAACAACUCCUCUUUCUCCCACUACCACAGAGUCUACCCCAACUAAAACCUCCAGAUCCACACCAACAUCCACAGAACCAAUUACUACAAGCCCAUCGUGGACCGUGUGCACCUGCAAUGUCAAUGGAAACAGAUAUGCACCUGGAGACAAUAUAUACAACUACACGGAUAAUGCUGGAUGGUGCUUCACAGCUACCUGUAGUGAUAAAUGUGAGAUUGAGAAACAUGCCGGUGAAUGCCCUUCUACUACUGUGCCUUCAACAACCAGUGCUCCAUCCACCACAAAGCCAACCACAAAGCCAACCACCAGUAAGGAAACAACACCACAUGUACCAGCAACCACUCAUCAAGGCUGCGAUCACCUUAACCCUCCCAGAAAGUACCGUGAGACUUGGAAGAUUGAUAAAUGCACAAUAGCAACAUGUGAAGGAGGCUCCACAGUCAAUGUGGAGCCUAUGCCGUGCAAGGCUGUGGAACCCAUUGAAUGUGUAAAUAACCUCCCGCCAGUUAAGGUGUAUGAUGAAUCUGGAUGCUGCUACCAGUAUGAAUGUCAAUGCACCUGUUAUGGAUGGGGAGAUCCUCACUACAUCACCUUUGAUGGAACAAUCUACGACUUCCAAGGAGACUGCACAUACGUUCUUGUGAAGGAGAUCACACCCAAAUACGGCAAUUUCAGCAUAAUUGUAGAAAACUACCUGUGUGACGCUGCAGACGGCCUCUCCUCCUGCCCGCGAUCCCUCACUGUGUAUUACAAGAACCACGAGGUGUUCAUGACACAGCUGCUAGUCAAUGGACAGAAGACGAGCAAGAUUAUGUUCGAUAACAAACCAAUCAUCCCAGGCUUUUCAAGAGAUGGCAUCCAGAUCUCAAACACAGGAAUUGAAAUCAAUGUGUACAUCCCUGAGAUCAAUGCUCAUGUGUCCUUCAGAGGCCUGGUGUUCCUCAUCCAGCUUCCCUACUCACUCUUCCAGGGCAACACAGAAGGACAGUGCGGAAUCUGUGACAACAACAAGAAAAAUGAUUGCAGUGGACCCAGCCAGGUUAUUGAAUCCUGCUCCGAUUCAGCCCACAACUGGCGUAUCAACAAAACGGGCUGCAGUAAACCAACUACUCCUCCACCAACUGUAAGACCCACGACAUCAGGCAAGACACCAUCCACGCCUCCAUACCCAUCCACUACACUACCCACUCAACCUCCGACAACUGCGUGCAAAGCAUCUAUUUGCGAGAUUAUCUACAGCAAUGUCUUUGAAGUAUGCAAUACAAUAAUCCCAGCCCUGCCAUUCUACGAGGCCUGUUAUUAUGAUGUUUGCCACAUGCCGGGCACCAGGAUUGGCUGCUCCAGUUUGGAAGUGUACGCCUCCAUGUGCAAGACUGCAGGAGUCUGCGUGGACUGGAGGAACUCUACUGAUGGGAAAUGCGAUUACUCCUGCCCACCAACAAAGGAGUACCGUGCAUGCGGACCAAAUGUGCAGCCUACUUGCAACUCCAAUGACGAUGAAAAACACAUUGACCAAAACGAACCCAGCAGAAGCUGGUUCACUGAAGGCUGCUUCUGUCCAAAUGGGACCACCCUGUUCAACUCCUUCACCGAUGUCUGUGUCUCCUCCUGUGCUUGCACUGGUGCUGAUGGCAUGCCCAAACAGCCUGGUGAGACGUGGCACAGUAACUGCCAGGACUGUGUCUGUGACAGAGACUCGAUGAGUGUCCAGUGCAAGCCCCACGUGUGCACAGAAGAGUCGCCUGUGACUUGCUCCAUGGAGGGACAGGAGCGAGUGACCGAGCCAGUCGGCCCGUGCUGCAACAAGACCAUCUGCAAAUGCAAUGUGGACCUCUGCCCGAAAACACAGCACAGCUGUGACCCAGGGUUCCAGCUAGUGAUCAGUAUGUCGGAGCAUGGCUGCUGUCCAGAAUAUACGUGCGUGCCCAAGAAUGUCUGCGUGUUCAACAACACGGAAUAUCAGCCUGGAUCCAAUGUUCCUACGGACACGUGUGAAAUGUGUUGGUGCAGCUACGAAAUGGACCCAGCCACCAAACUGCAAGCCAUUGAUUGCGUGCCAAUGCGCUGUGACACCGAAUGCCAGAUUGGCUUCAGCUAUGAGGCAAUCCCCGGUAUGUGCUGUGGAGAGUGUGUCCAGAAGGAAUGUGUCGUCAUGCUGCCAGACCAAACAGCUCACGUGAUCCAGCCUGGACAAGUCUGGAUAAGCCCUGAUAACAACUGCACCAAAUACAAGUGUGACAAGAAUAAAGACCAGCUAGGACUAACUGAGAUCAACAUCUUCUGUCCUGCAUUCAACCCUGAAGACUGCAUCCCGGGCACUGAGACACAUGGCCCAGAUGGCUGCUGCCUUCAAUGUAAAAAGAAUACUUCUGAAACCAACUGCAACAUUCAGAAACACAAAACCUUCAUCGUUAGCAAAGGAUGCCUGUCUAAUUCUUCUGUGGAGCUGACAUCAUGCGGAGGGUCAUGCGGAACAUAUUCCAUGUUUUCACCGGAGACCCACUACAUGAUGCACUCCUGCACCUGCUGCAGGGAGACGAAGACCAGCGAGAAGAAGAUCACUCUGUCGUGCCCUGACAACACCACCGUCGACUACUCCUACAUCUACGUGGAGGAGUGUGGCUGCCAGAACACGGAGUGCGUGGACAACAAGACCUCCAGCGCGCCACCUAGCGGGCAAGAGGCCAAGGAAGCAGCAAAGGGCCUGAGAGCUCGCCGCAGGAGGAAGUAAUCGUGCCUCGAGCAUCCCGGCACUCCUGCAGGACCAUUCUGAUUUUUCUCUCUUUGCGCGUCAUUUCAAAUCAUUUAAGUGAUAGCUUGCAAAUUUCAGCUGAUGCGCACAUUGCUUUCCUAAAGAUGACUCAUCUUUUUCUUUUUUUCCUUCCUACAGCAGCUCAGUAACAACACCUGCCAUCUCUCUGGUGUAAUAGUAAAGCUACUUCUAUUUAGUAGGACUAGGCAUGCAAAUCAAACAUCAAAGCAACUCUGACAAUGCAUUCAUACACAUUCAGUAAGGCUGCUGCCCCACAGCUCACCGGCACCACACCACAUUUAUAUCAAAGUAUACAAAAUCCUAUUUAAAAAAUAAAUAAAUAAUUAAAUGUUAACAUACAAAAAAUAUUUGUGACUCCAGGUACUUAAUUAAAGAUGAAGAACAAAUACAUGAACUAAUUGAUAAUUGCGAUGUGAAGAAUGAAUAUAUGGACCCUAAAACGUAAUUUGUGUUUUUUUUUGUUUUGUAUUUGUUGAUGUGUGUAAAGCCUUUUACUGAAUGUGUCUUGUUCAAUUGUCUUCUUGUUAAAUGUGUACCCUAUUAAACUUCAGCACUUUGCACA